AAAGUUGAUUGCUGGUAAAGAAUUAAAUUUACCGGAUUUACCUGAUGUAGUUGAAAAUAAGAUUGAUUAUCUUAGGCCUCCAAACAUACAUCGUAACUUGGUUACAUCAGAUUCUUCUCGAUCUAAUAAUGAUAUCGAAGAUAUUUUUAUAUAUCUGUCAUGA